UCAUUGGCUGAAGCCGGAUUCAAUGCGCAAGUGCCCACCCAUCUCUUUCCACCAUGGCUGGUUCUGCUGUCGUGAAACAGUUAACAGACGUCUCCGUAAUCGUGCCACGUAUUUUGGAGUCUGUGGGUUUGUGAGUGUGCGAAUCAAUUUCUGUUAUGGAGCUUUCCUUCCUAUUAUAAAAGUUUAAUUGAGUUUCGAGAAAUGGGCGGAACGCACAGUGUAGAAAUCCCUGGUGGAGGUACUGAAGGGUACCACGUAUUACGUGUUCAAGAUGGAUCACCUGGUCAGAAAGCAGGUCUGGAAGCUUUUUUUGAUUUUAUUGUUGCAAUUGGGACCACUCGCCUGGAUAAGGACAAUGACACACUAAAGGAACUUCUGAAAGCAGGAAUUGAAAAGGAAGUGAAGAUGACGGUGUAUAAUAGUAAGACACAAUCUGUUCGGGAAGUUAUUAUAAUCCCAAGUAACUCAUGGGGAGGACAAGGCUUGCUGGGCGUCAGCAUUCGGUUUUGUUCUUUUGAGGGCGCAAAUGAAAACGUGUGGCAUGUACUGGAGGUUCAUCCUUCAUCUCCUGCAGAAAUUGCAGGAUUGAGACCCUUCAAUGAUUACAUUAUUGGUGCUGAUUCAGUUUUGCAUGAGAGUGAAGAUCUGUUUACCUUAAUUGAAACUCAUGAGGGACGACCUUUGAAACUGUAUGUGUAUAAUACUAAUGAAGACUCAUGUCGUGAAGUAUCAAUUACACCAAAUUCUUCUUGGGGGGGAGAAGGCAGGGAUGUGGAUGUUAUAAUUCCUCCAGGUGUAGACAGUCUUAUUGAUGAAAAUCUUGAUGGUAACCAGUUGAGCAUUGGGCUAAGCUUGGGAUGUGGCAUUGGCUAUGGCUAUUUACAUCGUAUUCCUGUGAGAGGUCAUCUGCCAUCCAUAUCAACGGCAGCUGUUUCAAAAUUUGUUACUACUCCAGUUACAAGUGAAUAUGUACCUCCUGUGACCCAGAUCGGACCAUCCCCAAUCUCUCUACCUCCACCUCCUCAGCCACUUCCUCCAUCUUUCCAAACUCCUGAUAUGCCUCCUCACCCUUCUUCAAUAUUUCCGUUACCAACUACUGUGGAGCAAACAAAUCUGCUGAGAGGACCAGUUAUACCAUCAAACAAAUUUGCAGUUACAACUCCUGGAACAGGUUUUAAUCCUGAGAUUAGUUCCUCAGGAAUUGUGCCAGAAGUGACAUCAUAUGCUGAUGUGAAUUCUGAAGUAGCCAAUCUACAUCUUGUUAGUAGUAAUCCAAGUAUUUCCCCACAUCCGGCUUCAAUUGGUGGAACUCCAACUAUUGGUGCCAGUCAUUUGUUCACAUUGCCUCCCCGCAGUGGUAUUGAAACAAUGGCAACUGCAAGUGGUGUUGUACCUUCUGUCGGAAGAACAGCUACAACUCUCGCCACAAGUUCUUCCCUUACGAACAUCCCUGGUAUGCCUGUAACAACACCCAUAUCAUUACCAGGUAUGCCACCAAUUACCGUGAGUGCCACUCUUCCUUUCACUGCAUUGGAAGGUCUGCAAGUAGCCAACAGCUCAUCAUCCCCUCCAACCAAACAACACGUUGCAAUGGGAAUACCUGCAUCUCAGUAGUUAUAUAGUGGCACUUUAACAUGAAACAGAAUGAAGAGAUGCAAAGAAAUAUGAUGACAUGUCAGUUGGUGUGUUUAGGGCUUGUUAUGUUGGAGUAUAAUGUGUUAAUUUUAUGUUGAAAAUUUCACAUUUUAUAAAUUGCCCACUUUGUUGGCAAAACUUUUUUUAAGUAAUUCUUUUUGAUAAUUUCUUGAUGAUCUACUUUUAAAAAAAUGUUUAAUGUUAAUAACAUGUUGCUUUGUUGAAAUUGUAUCUACUCUGCUGCCAAUGAACUUUUCGUCACUUCCACAAAAUUUGAAAUGCCAUUCUGUUGAUAGCAUCUAUUAUGUCUUCAUUAGGAUGUUCUUCUGUAAAGCAAAUAUUUGAAAGAAUGUGUGAUGCUGGGUGUUUCCUUAUUAGUUACAUAUGGUGUAUUCUAAUGUGCAUUUGUGAUUUUUAUUGUGUUUCUGUUUUUGUGCAUAAUAUUACUGGUAUGCUGUUUGAUUGAUUCCAACAUUAGUUUCUUCCAAUGAGCAUAUAAUAAAAAAGAUGUUAUUGCAAAACUCUCAUAAUAGAAUGAUUGUGGUAUUUAGCUUGUCUGAACAUUUUUUGCUUAUUUGUGCUCAUCAGCAAAAUCAGUGUACAUGUUAUCUUUGUUGUUUGACACACACUUUUCUUUGGCACAGUGAAUUGCUGGAAUAGAAUCAUGAAACCAACAAAAGAUUAAUUAACAAAUUAAGAUUAUCCUUUAUUUGUUUCUUGUGAUCCUCCUUAGGUACAUUUAUUUUUAGUCUUAAUACUUAUCAGUUUUAUCAAUAUAUUUUCAUUCUUUCCCGAUUCACUGGUUUUUUUAAAAUUUCUAAUUAAUAUUGGAUGUUCCCAUUAUAUCAGAAAUGAUUUGGGUUUGUGUAGUAAAUGCAUUUGUACUUACUGCAGAAAUGUGUCCAAUUUAGCAGUAAUUCUGAAUUUAGAGAUUAGUCUUCAGUUCGUAACCAUGUUCAACCUAAAAUCUCAGUGAUCAAAACUAAAAUGCAAUCAAGAAAUAAUUUGCUUUUGGACAUAUGUAUUAAAUGUAACAUCCUCAAGCAAAAAGUAAAUUAUUUGUCAGGUUGUACAUCAAAAUGAGCAAACAUCUAUGAACCAUAAAUAGAAACUAAAUUAUGAAAUUGUAUUUAUUUUAUAUACUAUUUAUAUUUGAAGCAUUUUAAGAAGACAAUUCAAGUUUUUGAGACAUUAUUCCAUGAUAACAUUUUGUUACACUGUAAACACACCUUCUGUUACUGAAGUUUGCAUUGUAAAACAGUAAGAAUCUAUGGUGCAAUACAUUGGAGCGAUUAUCAUCUAAGCAUAAACAGUUAUUACUUAACAAAUCACAGAAAAAAAUUAUGUAUUAAUGUGUAUACUAACAUUAUAUUAAGUGAUUGAAAAUAAUGUUUCUAUUUAGAAGCAAAAUCCUUCCCAAGGAGCUGGAAAUAAUCAAGAGCUAUUCUGCAGACGUGGAAGGAUUACUUUUCUGAGAUUGGUUAAUCUUGUAUUACUUGUUGUGUAUGUUUUUGUUCAUUCUGAAGAUAAACUAGUGGUUCUACAGAAGGCAUACACUUUCUCCUACUAGUUAGAUUUCUGCUUUGUUUUAGGUCUGUACUAGGUUUUUGUUUUGCCCCACCCUUCUGUGUUCCCAUCUGUUGCCACCCAAACUACAUUUUUACUAUUUUUCAUUUUCCUAAAGGUAGAAUUAAAAAAGUCUUUAAAAUAUUAGAGAAGAGUAAAACCUUGGCCCUUUGGCAAUUAUUGUUGAAAAAUUUGGAGACAUUUUUUGAGAAAUUGGUGCUUGAUCUUUUGUGACAAUGCUCAUUUGCACCCCUAAACGUUUGAGUUUUUGAGAAACUUCGUAAGAAAUAAUUUGAAAUAAUUGUACACACGAAUGCAAACUGUGUAGAAAUCAUUGGUAAUGCAAAUAUUAAGGACAUGAAAAAUAUUUCAAAUACUUUACAUAUCUGUAAUUUUUGUAAAAUCAAAAGAAUACAUCAAGUUGGCAUUGAUGCCAUGUUGUUCAGUCCUUUUAGCAUUAUCUGUUGAAUAAAUAGAAAGAAAACGUAUAGAACUGUUUUCAUGAAACUGUUGAUUAAGCAUUUCUAAAAAACUGAAUUUCAGCCUGUUUUCACUGAACAUUCUUGAGUUAUUGAGAAACCUUAUAACCUUCAUUUGAACCAUAUAUACUCUAAUUGCAAGAUAGCAUUCUCAUUGCCAGUUAUGUAAAUAACAGGAGUGAGAUGUCAAAAACAUUGUAU